AUGGUUGGCGCUAUCAUUCAAGGAUGUGCCAACGGCGGUAAGCAGCCUUGCCUGGCCUUUGAUCCUCUGCUAACUGGUGAUGAAGUUGGAAUGUAUAUUGCUGCACGGCUCAUCCUUGGAUUCGGUAUACCAACUUGCAUUGUAUCUGGAUCCUCUUUGAUUGGUGAAUUGGGUUAUCCCAAGGAGCGCCCGGUUCUCACAUCUCUUUUCAACGUCUCCUACUUUGUUGGACAAAUUACCGCAGCUGGAAUCACAUUCGGCACAAACAACAUUGCGUCCAACUGGGCUUGGCGAAUUCCUUCCCUACUUCAAAUGGCACCGUCUCUGCUUCAGCUCGGUUUCGUCUUUUUCCUCCCUGAGAGCCCUCGUUGGCUGGUGACCAAGGACCGCAGCGAGGAAGCCUUUGAGAUCUUGACUAAAUACCAUGCAGAGGGAGACCGAGACUCGGAAUUUGUGCGAGCAGAAAUGGCUCAGAUCCAAACAACUAUUCACCUUGAACUCGAAGGCUCCCGGAAAUCAUGGCUGGAUCUCUUCGCGACUGCUGGAAUGCGUCGCCGCGUUCUUGUUACGACCUUCCUCGGCCUUUUUACACAAUGGUCCGGAAACACACUCAUCUCCUACUACCUCGGCGAUCUUCUUGCUAUGAUCGGCCAUACCGAGUCGACUUUCAAGCAAAAGAUCAACCUUGGCAAUUCAUGCUGGAGUCUAGUGUGCGGUGUCGUUGCAUCUCUUCUAGUCACCCGCUUCAGGCGGCGGACGAUGUAUAUGGCCUGCACGAUUAGCCUUUUGGUCGUGUACAUCGCUUGGACUAUUUCGAUGCAGCAAGCCAUGGUUGCCAAAGCAGAGAAACGCCAGAACCAGUCGGCCGGCGUCGCCACCAUAUUCUUCAUCUUUCUCUAUUCUCCGGCCUACAACCUUGGGUACAACGCCUUGACCUACACUUAUAUGGUUGAAUUGUGGCCGUAUGCAGAGAGAUCUCGUGGUAUUUCGCUGUUCCAAUUCUUCGGGCGCGGGGCCAAUUUCUUCACGACAUUUGUCAAUCCCAUUGGCCUGACAAACAUUGGCUGGAAAUGGCUGAUCACGUAUUGCUGCUGGCUUGCCUUUGAAAUUGUCUUUGUGUGGUUUCUGUUCCCCGAGACAUCCAAUCGUACUCUCGAGGAGUUGGCAUUCUUGUUUGAAGACAAGGCUCUCGCGGAGCAGGCUGUCAUGGCUGUAGAGAAAGUGGUCAACAACGACGACGUCGAUGCCGUCACCUUGGACACCAAGCGUGCCGAAGCGGCACAGACGGAGCUCGUCGAGGAAAUCCCUGCUGGUCAAGCUCCAAGCAAAGUCUAA